CAGUGUGUGCGUGGGUGUGAGUGCGUCUGUGUGAGUGGCCUGGACCGAGCGUCGCCGCCACGAUGCUGCGGGCACUCCCCCGCCGCCGGCACGCCCCGGACGCGCCUUCCCUCCUGCUUGGACUUCUGCUGCUGGGAGUCGCCGGCAGCCUGGCGCAGUUCGCCUCCGCGGAGGCCGACGUCAACCUGCCACUAGGGGCCAUUUUCGACCAGGGCACGGACGAGAUCCGGCUGGCCUUCGAGUUCGCCAUGCUGAACCACAACCACAACGUGACGGGCCGCCGCUACGAGCUGGAGGCCUUCGUGGACGUCAUCAACACGGCGGACGCCUUCAAGCUGUCCAAGCUCAUCUGCAGCCAGUUCUCGAGAGGGGUCUUCGCCAUGCUGGGCGCCGUGUCGCCGGACUCCUUCGACACGCUGCACUCGUACUCCAACAUCUUCCAGAUGCCGUUCGUGACGCCGUGGUUUCCGGAAAAGGUCCUGACGCCGUCCUCGGGCUCGCUGGACUACGCCAUCAGCAUGAGGCCCGAGUACCACCAGGCCAUCAUCGACGUCGUCAAGUUCUACGGCUGGAAGCACAUCAUCUAUAUGUACGACUCUCACGACGGCCUGCUGCGGCUGCAGCAAAUCUACCAGAGCCUCAAGCCGGGCCCCCACGGCUUCCAGGUGGAGAUGGUCAAGAGGGUGACCAACGCGUCCGAGGCCAUCGAGUUCCUGCACAGCCUGGAGAACUCCAGCAAGUCGGCGCGGUGGACGCACAAGUACAUCGUGCUGGACUGCACCACGGAGAUGGCCAAGGAGAUCGUGGUGGCGCACGCGCGCGACGUGCAGCUGGGCAAGCGGAUCUACCACUACCUGCUGAGUGGGCUGAUCAUGGACGACCGGUGGGAGACUGACGUGCUGGAGUACGAGGCCAUGAACAUCACGGGCUUCCGCAUCGUGGACACGGCCAAGAAGCACGUCCGCGAGUUCAUGGAGGGCUGGAAGCAGCACGUGGCGGGGCUGGCCGCCGCGCCCAACGCCCGCUACAACCCCACCACCAUCUCGGCCCACGCCGCACUCAUGUACGACGCGGUGUUCGUGCUGGUGGAGGCCCUCAACAAGCUGCUCAAGAAGAAGCAGGAGCUGCUGAAGCCGCCGCUGCGGCGCGGCGCGGGCGCCAACGGUGCCUCCAACAGCAGCAGGUGGCCGGACUGCAACGCCUCGCUCACGUGGGAGCACGGCGACAAGAUCUCCCGCAACCUGCGCAAGGUGGAGCUGGAGGGGCUGACGGGGGACAUCCGGUUCAACGAGGCGGGCCGCAGGGUCAACUACACGCUGCACGUCGUGGAGAUGGCCAUCAACAGCAACAUCGUCAAGGUGGCGGAGUGGAGCGACAACAAGGGGCUGGUGCCCCUGGCCCCCAAGUACCUGCACCACUCCAAGCCGGACAUCCUCAAGAACAAGACUUACAUCGUGACGAGCAUCAUGGAGGCGCCGUACCUCAUGUACAAGGACCCCAAGCGGCCCGAGGAGGGCUACGAAGGCUUCUGCAAGGACCUCGCCGACCUCGUCGCCAAAAAGCUAGGCAUCACCUACAAACUGGUGCGCGUGAAGGACGGCAAGUACGGCCACGUGAACCCGGACUCGCCCAAAGGCUGGGACGGCAUGGUGGGCGAGCUGAUCCGAGAGGAGGCGGACAUGGCCAUCGCGCCGCUGACCAUCACGUCGGAGCGGGAGCGCGUGGUGGACUUCAGCAAGCCCUUCCUGUCGCUCGGCAUCUCCAUCAUGAUCAAGAAGCCCAUCAAGCAGAAGCCCAGCGUGCUCACCUUCCUCUCGCCCCUCUCCAAGGAGAUCUGGGUCUGCGUCAUCUUCUCCUACAUCGGCGUCAGCAUCGUGCUCUUCAUCGUGUCCAGGUUCUCGCCUUACGAGUGGCGCCUGCUCCAGUGGGGCGACGAGCCCAACACGGGCGCGCACCGCGGCCCCGGCCCCGCCCCCGCCCCGGUGGUGGCCAACGACUUCAGCAUCCUCAACUCGCUGUGGUUCGCGCUGGGGGCCUUCAUGCAGCAGGGCAGCGACAUAUCGCCGAGGUCCAUCUCGGGGCGCAUCGUGGGCAGCGUGUGGUGGUUCUUCACGCUGAUCCUCAUCUCGUCGUACACGGCCAACCUGGCCGCCUUCCUCACGGUGGAGCGCAUGGUGACGCCCAUCAACACGGCCGAGGACCUGGCGGCGCAGACGGACGUCGCGUACGGCACGCUCGUCAACGGCUCCACCUACGACUUCUUCCAGCGGGCCAAGAUGACGGUGUACAAGCGCAUGUGGGAGUACAUGGACUCGCACAAGGAGGUGUUCGUCAACUCGUACGACGAGGGCAUCGAGCGCGUGCGCAAGCGGCGCGGCAAGUACGCACUGCUGCUCGAGUCCCCCAAGAACGAGUACACCAACGAGCGGCAGCCCUGCGACACCAUGAAGGUGGGGCCCAACCUCGACACCAAGGGCUUCGGCAUCGCCACGCCGCCCAAGUCGUCCCUCAGGGAGCAGUUGAACCUGUACGUGCUGGAGCUCGGCGAGAACGGCGAGCUCACGAGGUUACAGAACAAGUGGUGGUACGACCGCACGGAGUGCAGGCACCUGGACAAGCAGGACCACACGAACGAGCUGUCGCUGAGCAACAUCGCGGGUGUCUUCUACAUCCUCAUCGGCGGCCUCAUCGUGGCGCUGGCCGUCGCGCUCAUAGAGUUCUUCUACAAGUCGCACUCCGAGGCCACCAGGGCGAAGAUCCCGCUCUCGGACGCCAUGAAGGCGAAGGCGCGGCUCACCAUGGCCGGCCCGCGGGACUUCGACAACGGCCGGGUAAGUACGUACUACAGCCCGGCCGGGCAGAUGUCGGUGCCGGACUGCUCCGGCGACCAGGUGCACGGCAACACGCACACGCAAGUCUGAUGGUGGCCCGAGGGCGUCCACUCCCGGCACGGCAUCCUCGCCACCAACGCCGCCGAGCCCUGCCGCCACGGGGAGGACGACUCCUAGACCCACCCCGUCAGUGUGUGUGCGGCGGCCGCUGGACUCCUGCUGGACUCCUGCUGGACUGCGAGGCAGAGUGUGGACGCCUUCGUGAACGCGUUCGGGACAGGCUCUCCAAGUUCUGGGGACUGCCUGCCGAUCACGGGCGAAAGGCAAAAGAGGACGAUUUCGCCUCCCUCAGCGCCUUUGGGCGUCUCCGCCGACGUGGCGCUGGGCGCCAUGUUGGACGUCCUGGUGAGGCGCGUGUGAGGGAGGGUGACUGUGUGACGCCCCGUGUGCCCGUCCAAGUACCGCGCAAGACUGUGAGUGUGUGUGUGUGUGUUAGCACGGCGCCGCGCUCAGAGACAGAAGAGAGAAAAAAGAAAAUAGUCUAUAUAAAUUUAUUACUGGAAAUGAGAGAUAUUUAUUUGCUGUUUGUGUUGUUGUUUUUCGUGUUUGCUGGCAAAGGACUAUAUUACUGUGUGUGCGACUCGCCGCCGCUGGGCUGCGCGGCCCGUUCCUGGCUGGCACUGUGGUGGCGCGGCAGCAGCCUGCUAGCAGGCAGCGCGGCUGGCAAGGUCGGACAAGGUCGGAACGGAGCGGUUGGGUGCAUUCGCACGGCCCCGGUGCAGCAACGUGAGCAACGUGCAGCACCCCGGGGAACACGGCACGGCCGGGCCGGUCCCUCGACUUGCCCGUGACUUAUCAUAAUGUCUAACCGGUGAGCUUGGCCUCGUCAGGACUUUUGAGAGGGCAUUCCCUGGAGUGUUCGCGCCCAAAGUUCGCGCCGCUUUCUGCGAAGGGCCAAAGUCGAUGAGGCACUGUUAUGAAAUGAGUUGUUAAUCUAGCAGGCCGUCCCGUCAACAUUAUUGGGACGCGAAGAAUGGGGCGAUUAAAAUUAUGUUGACAUGACCUUUUAAGUAAAAAGAGAGUUUUUUUAAGAAAUGAGAAAAAAUGGCAAAAACAGUGCUUUUUGUGUUGUACUUAAGUUGCUAUAAGAAAGGUCCCCUUGAUGUAAUUUUAUCGCAUCUAUUCUGUAUGGGAAAUAUUUUGGUUGUUUGGUUUGAAGUAAUGAAAUAUAAUGAAACAAAGUUCAGGUUGCAGUUGUUAGAUUCUGUUUUAAUGUUACGUUUUCUAGCAAGGUGAGGUGUAGUGAACUGGAAAUCUGUGAGUUUGUAUUUGUUUGAGUGUGCAUGUGUGUUUUUAGCCUCCCAGAAUGCCAAAGUGAGCAUUUCUUUUGUGUGAAAGGUUUUGUUAAUAUUUUUUACUUGUUGGGGAACACUUUGAAGAUUUUUUUUUACACUGUGAAAGCAUGGGAUG